UACCUAUUAAGAGAGACCGAAGAACUGAGAACAACAAAUCUUACACUAGAAGAAAGGCUUCAUAGAGUUGCUGGUCCUGUCACCAAGUCGUCACCUUGCAGUUGUGGAAAUAGGCAAGCAGAGGACAAUAACAAAGUUUGUAAUAAACUGCUAGAGGACUGGAACAAAAAGCUUGAGGAGGUCAAUGCUGCAAAUAAAAAAGUUACAGAGGACAUUGACAACCUGAAAGAGGAAAAUAGAAGGCUGAAAAAUGAAAAUGUUGACAUUUUAAGAGAAAACUUAAGACUGAAAAAUGAAGUAGAACUCCGUUCACCCCAAAAAUUUGGACGGUUUACAGUGGCUGCAUUGCAAGCUAAAGUAGAUCAGUAUGAAAGAGAGAUGAGCAGACUUAAAAAAGCUCUAGAGAGGAGUGAUCAAUACAUUGAAGAACUGGAAGCGCAGAUUGUACAGCUGAAAAGGCCACCAGAGGAUAAGCAAAUAGAAAAAUCUCAGGUGGAAAUACUGCCCUCAUGGAGGAACAUGCUGGCAGAGCUGCAGCUAGUUACGUCUGUCAAGAUGUUAGCACUGCCAGAUUAUUUCCAAAGUACAGCAAUGAUGAUGGAAUCUAUUCCAAUGACUCCAAAGGCCUUUGCCCUAUUUCAGUGAGAUUAAAGCAAGCACAGUCUAAAACUGUUGACUCACCUAAACUGAAAAAUGGUUUACAUUCCACUGUUUGGAAUGGUGAAGAACAAACUAGCUUGGAUAGAGACAAUCUUAGUAAGAUCACAGUUUCAAUGUCUCAAGACCUGGGAAGCCCUUCUUCAUCCAUACCUUUCAGCUCUCUUCAGCUGAAUACCCCAAACUGCAAAACUAGCUCUUUCAGCAAUACAAAUUUAAAAAAGCCACUAACAUAUCUUAGAAAAUUAGUGUUUGAUGACUUGCCUCAAAGGCGAGAACUUGGCAGAUUGGCACCUGCAAGUACUGAGCACAAUGUAAAUGGUGCUGAUGGAACAACACAACCUGGGCAAACAAAUGCCAUAUUUUCUAAUUUUUGCCAUAUUAAUGGAGACUUACAGGACAAGAAUUCUGAAAAGACAGACAGUAGUUUACAGUUCAGAAAACAAGGGAGGAAUGCAGCAGAUCAAAUUUUAACCAGGUUACAUACCAGAAGUGCAGAAGACUUAAACCACCCUGGGACCUCAUGUGAAAACACUGCAGAUGUAAAGUUAAAUUAUGACAGUGUUGAUCCCAAUAAUGUGGGUUCCCACCUGGAAAGCCAAAGAAAUGUUCCUCAUACAAGUGUUCCCUGUUCGACACCAGACUGGGUCAAGCAGUUUCAAAGUGACUCUCCAAUUCACAUGUGUAAAUCCUCUGAAACCACUGCACUGUCUCAUCAUGAAAGCAGUCUGUUCAACUCACUGCCCUCUGCUGUAGCUGACCAUGAAGAACAAGCAGAUUUGUUUAUGGCUCAGUCAUCUACUAAUAGGUAUAAUAUAGAUUUCAAUAACGACUUGCACUCAAAUGAUUUACCUUGUGAAGAGGAAGUCAGACCUCAUGCUCAUUCUAAAAAUAUCCUCUUUCCGGGAUCUAUUUCUGAGUCAUCAUGUCUAUCUUCCUCUCAAAUCUACAGUGGGAGUCCUCCAGCAAAACGAAAGCUACUAAACCCAUGUAAUAACAGCCCUGCAAAAUCCUCCAAACACUGA